CGUUUCAAUCCCAACGGCUGCCAAGGGGGGUGACGAGCGUCUCUCCGCCCCAGCUGUUGCCAUUCGAGCAGCGCCAGCCGGGGAGGGCGCACGGUGAUUGGGUGUCUCUCGACUGGUGCUGGGCUCUGGCUGCCAGGAGAACUAACGCAAUAGGAAACGGGCAAAUAGGGUUGCCCGUGAGCCUUUAUUUAGGGAGUUAUCCGUUUUAAAAAGCGAGCUGAGUCUCAGGUUUCGGCGGAGCGAGAAGAAAGAGAAAGUAGUGGUUGGGCAGGAACCGGCGUGGCGCAAUCUUUCCGCUGUCGCUUGAGCUCGGAGCUGCUUCCCUGGCAAAAGACACGCGAGUCUGCAGCUGGAGGUCUUGAGCUACUCCACGCCUAAGGUGUGAGAAAGAAGCCUCCCAUUCGAGCUUGCUGGAUAUGAGCGAGUGUGACGCGGCUGCCAACCCAUCUUUCGAGAUGACCUGGAGCAGCACCACCAGUAGCGGCUACUGCAGCCAGGAAGACUCGGACUCGGAGCUGGAGCAGUACUUCACAGCCCGAACCUCCUUCAUCCGCAAGCCCCACAAGGAAAAGGAUGAGCAGAUUGACUGGGAGAAACCGAUUUUGUCCCAAACUGAGAUAGAGCAGAAGAUAAAAGAAUACAACAGCCAGAUCAACAGCAACCUCUUUAUGAGUUUGAACAAAGAUGGUUCCUAUACUGGCUUCAUCAAGGUGCAAUUAAAGCUGAUCCGUCCUGUCUCAGUACCUGCUAAUAAAAAGGCACCCUCUAUCCAAGACACAAGGAAGAGCUCCUCACGCAGCCAAGCAGUAAAGCGUCGCACCUCAUUCUACCUACCCAAGGACACAGUCAAGCACUUGCAUAUAAUUUCUCGUACAUGUGCCAGUGAGGUCAUAGAGGCCCUGCUCAAGAAAUUCAUGGUUGUUGACAACCCCCGGAAGUUUGCCCUCUUUGAGAGAACAGAAAAAGAUGACCAAGUAUAUCUCCGCAAACUUUCUGAUGAGGAGCAACCUCUGCAUCUCCGACUGCUGGCUGGCCCUAGUGAGAAAGCACUUAGCUUUGUUCUAAAAGAGAAUGAGACUGGAGAAGUCAAUUGGGAUGCUUUUAGUAUGCCUGAGCUGCAGAACUUCCUGCGUAUCCUACAACGUGAAGAAGAGGAGCAUGUUAGACAAAUCCUGCAAAAAUAUACCCACUUCCGCCAAAAGAUUCAGGAGGCUCUGACCACCAGGACCCCGGGUUGAGGUGCCCAUUCCAGACCCAGCACUCCAGCAAGGAUAAAAUGCCAAAUACAAAGAAGUGGUGAAGCCAAGUGGGACUAUGAAUGAAGCAAUCCUAGGAGUGUCUGUGGACUGAAUGCAUCUCUGGAGGGACAGGGGGAUGGGAAAGGGGCUACAAGGAUGUCUGGUUCCCUUGGUGAGCCAAUUAAUGGGUGCAUGUGUGAUUGCUCCUUAUGGAGUGAAUGGUUAAUAGUGGUGUGGAGUGGAGUGGAAGACAGUGGGAUCAGGUAGGAAUUACCUGUGGAAUGAGUGUAAAGAUGCAAAAAAAAUUAGUACGGCUGUGGCAAUCAGGAAUGUGAUGCCAUUUUUUUUUUUAAUCACAGACUGGCUCAGUGCUAUGUUCUGCCAGUUUAAGGUUUUAAUAAGAGCAGGGUCAACCAAAGGGACCAUAAAUGCUGAUGUUUCCCCAAGAGGUCACCCUAGCAAGCACUUUCCCCUAAGACUUCUUUUGUAUUUCUGUUGGGAAUCUGAUUGUGAAGGCUCAUGGACUGGAUUUGAUCAGACUGGUUAAUCUUACCUGCUUUUUCUUUGAUCUGUAUAACAGUAGGACUACUAGAUGAACUGAGCCCUAAGGUGCCUAUCAGCUAAAGGCUGUGGCCAUACAAAACAAAUGGUAGUAAAGUCUGCCCCCUACGCUGGUGAAAUAGAAAUGGGAGAUGAGAAUAGCUGAAUAGCCUUUGGUAAUGUGUGGUGGAAAUCAAAAUGCCAAAGGAAUAAUAAUCAAAAGAAAAGCAAAGAGUUUCUGGUAAAUUUCUUCCACUGUUACUCUAAUUCCAGUGCUUACUUUAGAAUAGCUAUUUAGCUUAAGGUUGAUGCCCUGCACCCCACCCCUCAAAAGCAAGGACAGUAAGAGGAAAUGGAGUAGAGCCAUCUUCCAAAAACACAAAUCUGUGAAACUGAUAAGGAGAUGGACAUUACUUUUCUUAUCUUAUAUUGCUCUGUAUAUGAAAAUGUGGAGAUGGGGGACAUAACAAAUCCUGGGAUUUAGAUUUCUGUUCUGUUGAGGACAGCUGUUGUUUUGACUGUGUUCAGUUUGUGCAUGCACACAGGUACCUGAAUGCCUUUGACAGAUAUAUGUAUAAGGGACAUUCCUGACUUUAAGACCUAGCAUGGCAUCUCUUCUUAUCCCUGAGGAGUAGUUGUACUUCCUUGUUGUGGGGGAUGGCAUCUGUACCUUGAAGCAAAUUACACUGCUUACAUUUACAGAGCUUGAGCAAAUCUUAUUUGUAUGUUAUGUGAAAAGUGAAGUACACUGUUCAAAGCAGGCACUUAGAGAAAACUAUGCUUAUUAGCAGUGGCAGGUCCUAUUGAAGAGUACAGUUUAAAAUAAAGUUUGCCUUGAGCACCCAAAGGAUGAAAGCUCAACUAUUCAAGGUGUCAGUGGUGCUGUUUGUAUACCAAUCAAUAAAAGAUUCAGGGAUGA